ACGUGUCACCCAUUAUAUUGAUCAAAGAUGGCGAACUCGUGUCUCCUGCUGUUUUUUGUUUACUGUGCUAUCGUAUCCAUCUCUGAAGCAGACAAAACAGCAACGUACACGAAAAAAAACGUACCACAUGUCGUCACAGAGGAGGUGUGGUUUGACGUGUUGAUCAAGGACUAUGAAGAUGGAGAGGAUUACCAUGGGAGAUUUGUUAUCGCCCUGUUUGGUGAGGUCGUUCCGAUGACAACACUAAACUUCCUGAGCCUCGCUAAAGGAGUUAAACGUCCAAAUAUACGUAAACAACUCCACUACAAGGAUACUCCCAUCCACAGGAUCGUUCAAGACUUUGUUAUACAGAUGGGGGACGUCGUCAACGGGGAUGGCACUGGAGGUGAGAGUAUAUACGGCUCCAUGUUCGUGGACGAGAACUUUGACUUGAGCCACCAGGCGGCAGGCUAUGUUUCCAUGGCUAACACUGGAACCGACUCAAAUAGCUCUCAGUUCUUCAUCGUCGUUAAUAGGGCCAGGUGGUUGGACGGCAAGCAUGUGGUCUUCGGAAAGGUCGUCAGGGGCAUGGACGUGGUCAGGAAAGUGUCUAAUCUCGAACUAAAGAAGAACAGCGCCACAUCCAAGAAAACCGUCUUCAUUGAAGACUGUGGAGUGGUCGGCAUCCCAGAGAAGUACGAGUUGACACCAGCAGAGAUCAGGUCUAAUGAAGACCUGUAGAACUACUGGCUGUUGUUUUCGCGUUAGCCCAGGCCUUUCAUUUGUUUCUCUCUUGAAAAUUACUCCAUUGAACAAAUGCUAGAAUGAAAUACUGUUUAUAAUUGCUUGCCUGUGUAAAGGUGUAUAAACGUUAGUAUCAUAUAUGUGUUGUGAGAUUUUCUGUGAAUGGCCAUCUCAUUUUCUGUGGAAGGCCAUCUCAUUUUCUGUGAAGGGCCAUCUCAUUUUCUAUGGAAUGUCAUCUCAUUUUCUGCAGUAGUUCAACACUCGAUAAAUGUCCAUGUUUUUUGUCUUUUCUUUCGGAGAGAAAAUUUUGUAAUUGCGAAAUACUUUAACAACGUGUAGGCAGUUUACUUACCAUAACAUGCGAGGUCGAUACUCUCAGUCAUUGUAAUGAUUUUGGUUCCAAAACAUGUUAAGAUAUAUUUGUAUUUGUAAUAAAAUAUUUUUAAAACGAG